AUGGCCAAGGGAUCAAGUGGACUCUCCUUUGAUUCAGAUCCCAUCAGAUUACUAUUUCCACACAAACCCACCCGCAUCAACUCUUUUUCCGACAACAACAACCACCACCACCACCACCGCCACACCUGGACACUUAUGGAUGCCGCCGGCAACAGGUCUUCUUCACCACCGCCACCUACCACCAUACAAUUCCCACUCAACCUUAACUGCAAUCAUGAUCGACCUCAUGAUAAAAGGAUAAACGAGAUGGAUUUCUUUGCGGAUAAAAAAAAUGAAGACGAUCGCUCAAGGUUGCCAUCCGAUCCAGCCGCUCCUCUCACCGAAUUGGAUUUUAAUAUCAACACUGGUUUGCAUCUUGUUACCGGAAACACAAGCAGCGAUCAGUCGUUAGUUGAUGACGGAAUAUCUCCCAAUUCUGAAGAUAAACGAGCUAAAAACGAGUUAGCAGUCGCUCAAGCUCAACUGGAGAAGAUGAACACGGAGAAUCAAAGAUUGAGGGAAGCGUUGAAUCAAUUGACGGUCAAUUACAACACGCUACAAUCGCAUCUCGUGACGAUGAUGCAACAAAAACAAAGAGAAGAACAAUCUGCCGAUGAUCAUAAAACCAGUAACGACGGUGGAGGAGGUGGAGGUGAAGUUAUGAUUGUACCGAGACCGUUCAUGGAUCUGGGUUUAGCAGCUCCAACGGCAGUUGAAACCGACGAGAAUUCACAGUCGUCGUCGGAAGGGAGGAGCCAUGACGAACAUUCACGAUCACCGCCGAUUCAUACUACCAUUGGUCAAAUGGAAGAGGGUUCAGAACAUGGGUCUCAGGUAAUAAGGACUGGUUCGAAUAAGGUUCCACGGCUGAGUUCUUCGAAGAAUAACAAUACCACUAAUAUUGAUCAAGCUACUGAAGCAACCAUUCGAAAGGCUAGGGUUUCUGUUAGAGCUCGAUCAGAAGCUCCCAUGAUUGCAGAUGGUUGUCAAUGGAGGAAAUACGGCCAAAAAAUGGCGAAAGGAAAUCCUUGUCCACGAGCAUAUUACCGAUGCACCAUGGCUGCCGGUUGCCCAGUUAGGAAACAAGUACAAAGAUGUGCAGAAGAUAGAACAAUCCUUAUCACCACCUAUGAAGGUAAUCACAACCAUCCUCUACCGCCGGCCGCCAUGGCUAUGGCCUCCACCACCUCUUCCGCCGCCAGGAUGCUACUCUCUGGAUCCAUGCCGAGCUCCGACGGCCUAAUGAAUUCCAAUUUCUUAGCGAGAACGUUCCUUUCUUGCUCUUCAAGCAUGGCCACCAUUUCCGCCUCCGCCCCCUUCCCCACCGUCUCCUUAGACCUGACCCAAACUCCGAAUCCGUUACAGUUCCAGCGCGGCCCAGGUCAGUUCCAAGUUCCAUUCUCUAACCCUCAACAGCAAAACUUCACCGGUCCAAACGCCGCCCUACUCCCCCAGAUUUUUGGUCAGGCUUUAUACAACCAGUCGAAAUUCUCCGGCCUUCAAAUGUCGCAGGAUAUGGAGGGUGGGGCAAGCUCGCAACUGGGUAUUCCGCCGUUGCACCACCAAGGGGCGUCACCCGCCGCCUUGGCUGACACCGUGACCGCCCUUACUGCUGAUCCAAAUUUCUCCGCAGCUCUAGCGGCAGCUAUUUCUUCUGUUUUUGGUGGCGGUGGAUCUCAGCCGAACAGCGGUGGUACCACCAAUCAUGGGAACGUCACUGCCACCAACAGCAACAACAAUGGCAGUGCAACCACCAGCAACAAUAAUAGCCAUGGCAACAAUAAAGUCAACAACUCAAGUUUUCAAGCCAAUUAAUUAACCAUAAUUAAACGGGUUUAGUUUUUUUUCCCCUUUUUUUAAAAUUAUUUGGUCAUUGAUUUACUACACACACAUGUUUUCUUUCUUUCUUUCUUUUUUUGGUGUUUUUUUUAUUUUAUAAAAAAGAAA